AUGGAGCUAAACCAACAGGAACGGCUGGCUGGUUCCUCAGUGGACGGGGGGAGGCCGUCGCUUCAGGAGCAGCAACAGGGGGAACCUGGGCAGAGAGGGGAGCGAUCCCUGCAGCAGGUGGAGGAGGAGGCGAGGCGGCAGGUGGACCCGUCUGUCUUCCUCAUCCUCCUCAACUGCGCCUCACCUGGCGUUCCUGAAAAACAGGUGGGUGGCGGGGAAGAGGGUGGACAAGAGAGAGGCAGGUGCAUGGGCGGAGGCGGCGGAGGAGGCGGAGGAGGCAGCGAGUGCACAGGUGGGCUCGUCGGCCUUCCUCAUUCUCCUCAACUGUGCCCCUCCCGGAGAGCGGCAGGAGGUGGGUGGGCGGCAGGAGGUGGGUGGGCGGCAGGAGGUGGGUGGGUGGGCGGCAGGAGGUGGGUGGGCGGCAGGAGGUGGGUGGGUGGGUGGGCGGCAGGAGGUGGGUGGGUGGCAGGAGGUGGGUGGGUGGGCCGCAGGAGGUGGGUGGGUGGCAGGAGGUGGGUGGGUGGGCGGCAGGAGGUGGGUGGGUGGCAGGAGGUCGGUGGGUGGCAGGAGGUGGGUGGGCGGCAGGAGGUGGGUGGGCGGCAGGAGCUGAUCAUAACCUUUUCCUCGCACUUCAAUUGCCAGCAUCAUUUCUCCCAUCCCAAUCCCGCACAUCCCACUGUCACCACCCGUCUAUCCCUUCAAACCCGUUAUCCUUUCGCCCCACCUCCCACCCCCACCGCUCCCAGUGCACAUGUCCUGGUGGUGCAUUUCUCCUCGCGCUUCAACCGCAGGCCCCACCCGAAUGGCGCACUUGAGAGGAUGAUGCACACGGUGAGUGGUGUGGAUGGGUGGGAUGUGACUCUUCACCCGCCCCCCCAUCCCAUCCUCCCACUUCCCGCCCCCCAUCUUCCCACUCCCGUGCUGAUGGCAGGAGUGGCAGAGGCGCAAGGCACAUCAGCCAUCACUUACGGUGGAUUCUCGCUGCAUCCUCCAUCCUCCACCGCCUCCCCCUCUGCUGCUGCAGUACCAGAAGCGUCUCAAGGGCCAGAAAGGUCAGAAGCAGCAGGGCGAGGUGCAAAGGGCAGCGCGCGUGUGUGUCUGCACCUGGGCCUCACAGACUACAAGUGA